UCAUAGAAGCUCUUUUUGAAACCGCCAAAUACAGCACCGUUUUUUCCUUUGGUCUUUCGCGCCAGGCUUUGAUCAAUGCCAUUUCCACUGCAAAGAAAUUGCAUGCCCUAACUUAUCCUUCUUUUGCUGCGGGUGAUGUCCAUGGCAAUAGGCGUGUUCCUCCAAAUAUUAGACAAGUACACCACACUGGGCGUCUAUGUCAUCCAUCACUCGUUUACGUUGGCCGAACUGUUUGCACUCUCUGGCUUACAAUUCACUUCAAACACUAUCCAAACGGGGUUAAAGGCUGCCGAAGAAUCCGUGCAGGUCAUUGACGGCAUAUUUGGAUCGAACGAAACGUCACGCGCUAUUGCUUCCAUCAUCACCUUGGUUCACCAUGAACUCGUCAACGAUCCAGAGUUUGAGCUCGCCAAAAGCGGGAAAAUGGCUGUUCUUGGUGGACUGACCAAAGCCAUGACCGCCUUUGCCGUGCUACAAAAUGUAACACAUAAACGCACCAUGGAAUUUGUCAAGGUGACAAAAAUGUGGAAGGGCUUAGUGGUGGAAGAAGACCACGAGGAUGACGACGAGAACAACAAUGCAUCGGUUGCUGCUGCAUUGGUACGUUAUCAAAACGGUGGUGGUGGCCCUACUGCUACUGGUGGAAGUAGCGGUGGCGACGAUGAAAACGCAACAGACGUCAUCCACGAGCUUGAAGAGAUUUUGGCGCACAACGAUCCCGACAGCAGCAGUUCGACGUUGUCUUUGGCAUUGCAAGAAGGUGGUUCAGCUUCUCAUUGGGCAUCAGCAUAUCCAAUGUAUGAAAUAUCAACUGCUACAAAGCGGACGAUUACACGGACGACACGGAUACGCCCAAUUGCACCCCCCGGGCAGCCGCAGCCCCAGGCUAAAUACAUUGUGGUCAAAUCCGAUGAAGAGGAUAAUGAAUCAUUCAUGGCUGUGAUUGAUCACGAGGGAGAGCCCAUCCCGGGCGCAUGGAUAGAACAUCGGCUUGAAGACGAUGACGACGAUUAUGGCAAUUAUAAGAAUAAUCAUAAUAAUCGCACCUUGUUGAAAAGCCCUUCCAAGGGUUUGAAAAUCAUGCUGUCGGCUGUAUCCAAAAAGUUCUCGCGCAAAAAGGCUGAACGACAAGUGAAGUACUCUCGUGACGAUCAUCAUCAUCAGCAACAGCAGCAACGUGAUAUGGUUGGUCGCUCGUUCGUGCAUCAUGGCAGCAUAGAGACGCUCGACCUUUUAGAGGACAACGAGGAUGAUGACGAUGACCACGAUAAUUCUACCACGUUGAGCACCACAAGAUCAGCAACGUUGCGAUCUACAACACAGUAUACAACUGCUGCAGACGAAAAGCCCUUACCUUUGCCACCGCCAUCACAACAACGACAAGCAGCUACAUCGUCUCUGACACAGGAAACUAUGGAUCCUGCUGCUAGUAGUGGUAAUAGUGACCGUACAAUCAAGCGGAAGUCAUCGUGGGGUCGAAUGAAGUUAAAAGGUGCCCGCCGGAAAAGCGUGAGCAGUCUAUUCCAAAAGGGUGCCGAAGUUUUGAACGCGAAUCGGAAGAAGCAGCCGUCGCCACCGCCACUGCCGAUCCCGUCGUCGUCAUCAUCGCGUCAUUUGAACACCAGCAGCGUUGCCAUGGCAUCGCGAUCGUCGGUUACCAGCACAACACAUCGUGGUCGAUCCAACUCUAUGACCAGCGUAUCCAGCAUUUCUCACACGCUCACUGCGACCUAUACCACAGCCCCUUCAUCACCAUCCUCGUCCACCAUGUUCCGUUCAUCACAGCAGCAGCAGCAGCAGGAUCAUCGGCGUCAACAACAACAACAAUAUCGACCCGAUCGAAGCGAGCGACGUACUAAGAGCAUUGUGCGAUCCCCAUCAGCACCUUCCAACCGCAAAAAGCGCAAAUAUCGGUCACCGCUCGACAAGGAACCCGAUCCACGCAAUUUCCCGCGCAAACACAUCAUCAACAACAUUGCCCACUUUAUGCGAUAUGCCAGUGCGGCCUAUGGCGAGGCAUUUAUGCGAAUUCUGCGCAUCGGGGAUAUACCCAGCGUCCUGCCGAGCUCACACCACCCGAACCAUCAUGCAUUUUCACAUCACACGGGCGUGGCUGUAGACGACAUUUUAUUAUCGAGCUACACGGAUGCGAUCCCGUUAUCCGGAUCGGUUCAGCAUCCGCAACUGCAUGCGUUGGUCCACUACGUUACUGUCGACCAUUCAGCAGAAGCGAUUGUCCUGACAUGUCGCGGUACGCUUGGAUUGAGCGACGUGUUGACGGAUUUGAUGUGCGACUAUAGCGAGUUUUCAUUACCCACGAGCCCAUACACGAAGUUCAAAGCCCAUGGCGGCAUGCUUGAAGCGGCACAACUGCUCGCCAAGCAGAAGGGCAAAGUGUAUCAAGCCAUCCUUGAAGGGCUGGGGAAACACCCAAGCUAUGGUUUGGUGCUGUGUGGUCAUUCGUUGGGUGCCGGUGUCGCGGCUUUACUCAGUGUCUUGUGGAGCCAAGAACGACACACAGCGUCGACCCAGCAGCAGCAAGGUAGUAGUGGGAAUAACCAUAUUGCCAUGGCAGCACUUGCACGCGACCCGGUACCAUUUAUUACAUCACAGCAUUCGGGAUUACCGCCAGGAAGACCGAUUCACUGCUACACGUACGGUCCACCAAGUACCAUGUCGCUUGAACUGAGCGAGUAUUGUGGCCGAGGGCUAGUCACCAGCGUUGUACAUGGCUAUGAUAUUGUGCCCUGUUUGAGCCUCGGGCUUUUACGGGACUUUAAAAACGUGGCGGUCAGUCUGUAUCAAGAAGCCAGUGUCGCCGACGACAUUUUACGUCGAGUGAUUGGUCGUAGACAAUCAUCAUCAGCAGCAGCAGCAACCAACAAUAACACCUGCGAAAAUAACACCAGCAAAGGGGGUGCCAAACAAGAUGAUGAACCAAGAGAGGAGCAUGACGACGACGACGACGACGACGAGAAUGACCAGUGGUAUUGGGCACUUAUCAAAACGAUGCGAGCCGACAUGCGUGAAGACAAACUAUAUCCACCAAGCACCAUCUACCUUGUCGAGUCAACAGCACAGUUGACAGACGAUCCUUUUUUGGCAGCGACCACGACGAAAACAAGAAGUAACAGCAGCAGCAACAGCAGCAGCAAAAAGAAGAAAAAGCAUGCGCACAUGGUUGUGCUCAACCGAUGCGAGGAUGUGCAGGCACGGUUCUCGGAGAUCAUGUUUGCGCGGUCGAUGUUUAUGGAUCAUUCGCCCAACAUGUACGAGAACGCCAUACGACAGCUGUGUCGUGGAUUCUUUGGACAGCAGGGUGCCUACGAGCGUGUUUAAAAGACAAUUGUCGCGGGAGGGUCGGGAGUGUACCAGCUGAAAAGAUCCUUGCCUG